GGAGGGGGGGAGGAACGGCACAGUGCGCGCAUACGAGACUGCGCGUCGCAAAGGAGGGGGAGAGGUCCAGCUGCAAAAAAAAAAAGAAAAAAAAAAAGAAAAAAGAACUGGAAAAAAAGAGAAAAAGGAGGAAAAUACGGCGUGACAGUGACAACAUCAAGCUUCUAGUAAAAGGGAGAUCAGACGCGAGAGGAGGAGGGGGGGGCCGCCGCAAAGCAGGAGUUUCAGAGUCGACGGCCGCUUUGCCUGUCCCGAGAAAAGAGGCGAUAUCGGGACAUGCUGGCGGUUCCGUAACGCGUUUCCUGGAAUACGAAUCCUUCCCAGGCUGAGCGACAUGGAGCGGCGGCGGAGAGGAGAGCCGCUCCGUCUCCAUCACUGAGAGGCGCGUCCACCUGCUAUUACUGGAGGCCCGGGCUGCUGCUGCUGCUGCUGCUGCUGGUGGAGGGGGGGAUAUGCAGGGGAAGUGUUUGCAUUUCGGGAAAAGACGCAUCUUCUGAUACUGUCCAGCGCGCCUGAGAGGGAUCCCAUUGCGACGGAGGAGAAAAACCAAGGAAAAAAAGGGGCGAAAAAAAAAAAAAAACCCCGCACACGCGCUCCGGAGGUGGGACUGUCAGGAUGAUGCUUAGGUGGAGCAGCGCUGAGCCGUAUUGAUGGAUGUGUUAGCAGACAGCAGUCUCACAUUGAUUGUGAAGACUUCAGAACCGGAGAAUGCAAAUUAUGUGGAAAAUACAGGGGUAUGUGUGCAGAGUGGUGAGCUGAGUCUAUGCAGACUCGUGGAUGCUGCGCUCCCUCCUGGUUCUUCACGCCCUCCUGCUGCAGAGACAUCACAGCAGGUCUUCCCAACCCUCCAGAGGACCACUUCUGCACCAUCGCCCCUCCCUCUGGCCCUUGGUGGGGACCUCUCUCUGGCUCAAGCAGUGGCACAUUGCCCUACAUCCAGUGAUGCUCAAACUAUAGGCCCCCACCUUCAACGUGCUCCUCCACCACUUCCCCACCCAACUGCAGGCUCCUGGGCCCUAACAGGAGAACCACAGAAAACAUCCCCUGCACUGACCAUUACCCUCCCACUGUCUAGUACAAUUAUGGAACCUGGCACUGUGUCUGCACUGACAGAGGAGUGUCUUCUUCAGCCUGCUCAAACCUGCCUUGGCUGCCUAAUUGAAACCCGUGACGCUACGGAUCGCAGUACCAUCCAGAACCCCCCAACUAACCCCAACACCAACCCUGAUGCAGAUCCUGGGCUUAGUGUACGGAUAGGGGAUGUAAGCCGAGAGGACUUUUCUGACAUUAACGACAUCAGCAUUCAGUGCCUGAGCCAUGCAGGAGAGCCGGCAAGCCACUUUGGUGAGCAACUCCUCUCCGACCAGCUACUUAGCUUUCCUCUUCCCAAAGCCCCAAAUGAGGCCAAGAGAACUGAGGAAAAUAAAACCACUGUGGACUGUGAUGACCCAGAAGAUGAUGCCACAACUAAAAACCUGUAUGAGGGCCUGCUGCUGGAUAAAGUUAGUGGAGAGGAGGUCCUGUUGGCUAAUGCGAGUCAGGACUGGGGCUAUUUUGAGUCAUUCAUCAGCGAGAGUAAGAUGGAACUGCUGGAUCUUUGCUCCAAGAAUGAACUUUCUGUCAACCUCUUCUCCGAGGAGGAUGUCGACAAUCUAUUUGAUGAUGAAGACGAUGAUUCAACGCUUAGCAGUGAUGUCUGCUCACUUAAGAUUCGCUAUGAAUCAUUCCAGGACAACAUGAGGGAAAAAACAAAUGUACUUCAGGAGGAGACGCAGUUCAACUUCUUCCCCAGUGUGCUGGCCAACUGUGCCAAGAAAGAGGAAGGAUCGCCAAUAUUAAAGAGGAGCACUGAGGAGAUCCAAUCCAAAACGGAUGAUCUAAUACUGGAGGCAGCACAGGAAGGAAGAGGUGGUGAUAGCAGUGGUAGGAGCCCGCUUGACGGCUCUCAAGGCUCCCCCAUGUCGGCCUCCAAAGUCAGCUACCUAAUAGACUUUAAUUCCACAGAGGAGUCCGGAGAGUUCAGUGAUGAUAGCUCGUGCACAGGCUCCUCCUCAGACACUUUGCAGGAGGGCAGGUUUAAAAAGGGUCACUCAAAGAGAUUUCUCAGCCCCUCGAACCCUCUAAACUACGGCCUUCGGUCAAAGAGAAAGGUCCGAUACAGCGAUGAUUACUUGUAUGACGUCGACUCGCUUGAGAGUGAAAAGAAUGCUGAAAAAAAGGAGAAAGGUCCCACAGGUCAGAAAGAAGAGGAGGAUGUGGAUUGGUGUCCGAAAAAACGGCGAAAAUCCUAUCGAAAAGAGCCGCCUGUGGUCAUCAAGUACAUAAUCAUCAACAGGUUCAAAGGAGAAAGACUCAUGUCAGUAAAACUGGGCAAGCUUGAUCCUUUGGAUGGAACAGUCAGUCUAAAUGCUGAUACAUUAAGCAAAUAUGAAACACUGGCUCCUCUGAAAGAUUUCUGGCAGGAGAAGCAAAGACAGAGACAGGAACAGCUUAAGCUGGCUGCCAGAGAUAAACAGCAACGGGGUUUUCAUCUAAACGGACGCCACCAUCGGCCUUUCAGUUCCAGUCACCCCAAAAGGAAAUACAAAAUUGCAAACAGGCUUAAGGUUCAGAGAAUUCAAACUGUGGAGCAAUCAGUAACAACACAGGGUUCCCCUCUCUCUGAUCAGAGCCAUGCAGGUGUCACUAAAGAGGACCCCUCCCCCACUGCAGGAGGAAUAAUAGCAGCCACAAGCCUCCCUGUCACAUUAGACUCAAGCUCCACAACGCACACAAUCAGAACCAAGAGCCGCUCUCAGGAAUGGGAGGAGAGGGAGGCGAGGAGACAUGGAGGAAAAGUCAGAAUGAGGAAAUUCAAAAGUGAGGCCAGGCUGAGGAGUAUGAAAAUGAAAAAGGCAGAGGAAAAGGAGGGGAGUGGUGUGACAAAUGAAACGGAUGCCUGUGUCAGUGCAGUACAGAUUGAGGAGCCGGCUGCUGGGUUAGAACAGGCAGACGUUAGUUCAACUACAAUCAAACCCAAUUUCUCUGACAAUACCACCAACACUCAUGCAUCCGAGGAGAAAUUUCCUUUUGUCUCCUCCGCCUGCUCUCCUGACAAAGCACCUUCCUCAGAGGAGGUGGGGACAAGUGUCCCUGUCAUCCCUGGGGGCUACUUGCAGACCCUGUUAGAUGCUACAGAUUCUUCUGGUGGAACAGCUAUCUCCUAUUUCCCCCAGCAGACGUCAAGGCAGCAGUAUCCUUUGGGGCUGUCCCUGGAGGAGAAACAGUUUUCCUCUCUGCAGCUUGCCCAGAGCUGUGUGCUCUCGCCCCCCUCAGAGUCGGAGCUCCAGCAGUCUCCUCAGAAUUGCCCCAGCUUCCCCCAGAUGUGGCACCCGCAGCUCUGUACUAAUCACAGCCAGAGCUUUGGGCCUGAGACCCCCGAGACUCCCAUCUUACCCAACAACUUCCCAGCUGCUGCUGUGCCCCUGAAUGACAGCUUGCCGGUGUCUAACUACAGCCAGCUGAGCCCUGAGGCUGACAGGCUGCUUUAUGAGAAGAGCUACCUGACUGAGGCGGGGCUUCAGCCUGGGGCAGAUCUGCAAGCAUGUCAGUCGGCCUGCGUGGAGGGCCAGGUGCAAUACCAAAGAGGGUCCCUGUGCACAGACAAUGGUAGGCUCAUCAGCUAUGACUCAGUGGGCUCCCUGUCAGCCUCCUCCAGCAAUUACAGCUCUCUCAGCCUCAAAUCUUGUGAACGAGAGGGUGAGGAGGAGGGCCGAGACAGCUUUUUAGCUCACUGCAGCCCUAAAGUGGUGAUUCAGCAAAGUGUGGAUGCCCUUACCCCUCUCAGGGAGUCCUCAGACCUGCUGGAUAUCUCCAACUUCACUCCUGACAAGUUCAGACACUCAUCACUGUCAGAACUUUCUCCUCCUGAGACCCCCAAUCUGUCCCCCCAGGUGGUAGGGCGUGAAAUGAAGAUGGCAGGGAAUGUUGGAGAGUACCAGGAUGUUAGCGAUAUGACUAUAGACUGCAAUAGGGAGAUGAAGUGGAACUGUGAAGCUAUACAGCAACAGGAGCACUCAACAAAUGCAUACACUAUGGAGGAUGGUCAGUUUCCUCUGCACAACUUUAACAGUCAAGAUGUCGAAGGCUUGGACAAAAAGGAGCUGGGAGAGUUUGAGGAACAGUCUGGUGCAAAAAGCAUAAAGUCUAAGAGGAAAGGCAGCUGCAAGCAGACAGCCACAGGGCAAAGCCCAAAGAAAGGCCGUGCUCCCAGAGCUCCCAAGGCAGAAAAGGUCAAGACUCCUAAGCAAAACUCCCGGUCGACCAAAAAGAUAAAGGCCAUGUUAGAGGGCAAGGCAGCAAAGAAUCAGGCUGGUGGUGUAGGCCUAAGUGAAAGUAAUAGCACCGGGGACUGGUCGGGCACCGGUUGGUCAGAGAGUAACAGCCUGGUAGGGGAUGACCAGAGAGAAUUUGAAGAACCCUCCAAUAUUCUGUCCAACAUUGUGUCUGGCAUGGCUGAGGUCCAACGGUUCAUGAUGGCCUCUAUCGAGCCUUUGUGGAACCCAAUGUCCGAGGCCUGCAUGCCCUCUGAGGCCAACAGCCUCAACCUAAAGACCCUAAAGAUCUUAGCAGGCACAGAGGCUGACCUGAAAAAGAAAGGAGCCGUACUAACAGGGGCCGGUAGAGGCAGGAAGGCAGGUGGAAAGGGAGGAAAGAACCAGGCCAAAUUCAACCCGGCCCACCCUCUGUUCCCUCAGCUCGCGCUGGGCUGCAACAUGUUCGACAAACCCAGCUUUAUUAACCCUGGGCCAGCACACAAAAAGCUCUACCGCCACAAGACCAGCGCAAAGUUCCCUCGGAUUGAGACACUGAAAGGGAAGCGAGCUGAGAGAGACCAGAAUAAGGACAUAGCACUGAUGACUUCUUAUGAAAAACUGAGAAUAUGGAUGUCCUGUGUUGCUGUCCUUCAUACACUGCCUGGCUCAUUUCAAGAGGGGAACCUACCGUUAAUGAGCCCUAUUUAAGAGCGAGACAUCUUAAACACAAAAGAUGGGACCAUUUUGUAUUGAUGACAUAUCAGACGUCUUUUCUUUUUCUUUCUCUCCUCAAAGUUGGAAUGACUCCCCAUUUCCUUUUACUGAGUGUUUCGUUUACUUCUGGAGUUGAGAAGAACUAAUAAUCCAAAUUUACAUUUUUACGCCUUGCAAAUUCAUAAAAGCUCCACCCUCAGAGUAUUUUUGUCAAUGUUGUUGUACAGGGACAUGCAAUAUUUGCAAGAAAAGAUGAUUAUAAUCUUAAAAUCGAUGUGCCAAAAGUAACAAUGCUGUGUAAAUGAUCUCUUAUAUAUGUGUGAAUAUUGGCUGUUCCUCUUUUCUAUCCAUUGGAAUAUUGGCUGCUCGGGUUGGAGACUCCUUACAGAGACUUGCAACUACAGGAAUUCUUUAUUUGAGAUGUUUUCUCUCUCCUCUGACGAAAGGCACCAACAGCUGGCAGUGGUACACCGCCACUCACAAAACCAAAUCAGAAAGACUCUGAAUUCUCCUCAUCCCCCCCUCCCAACUUUGUUUGCCAAAUUCAAUUUACCUCAACACCGCCUGGCAUGGAGAAGCAACAAAAGAGAAGCAAAGGGGAGAUGAAGGACUGGGUGAAAAGAGAGGUUCAAAAAAACCUCUCUCUGGACCAAGAGGCAUGUUGUGGAAAUGUCUGUGGGUAAGCAGGUAAAUGACAUGUCAUUUGGGGCUGCGCCUUGCUGAAUAGCUGUUUGUACUGGAAAUUUAAGUGGGAUUAUCACUCGUAGAGAUUCUGAUGCAUGCAUCAGCUGUGAAUGGACAUUUUUGCAGUUCGGUUUAUUGUGAAUGUGAAAGUUUUCAGUACAAAUGGAAUCAGUAAUCUUGUAAAUGAAGGAAAGCAUGUCUUUGCAUUCACUCCUCAUAUAAGCUUUUAUUUCUGGAAGGUAAAUAUAAAAUGACAAUUUUCAGAGAUUCCCGUCCAUUUUUAGUUUACUAACAUUGCCUUAAUUUAUAAGUUACACCUCCGGUAUCACAUAUCAUCACAUUUAUUUGAUAUUAUCAAAACUUUUAUUUAUUUACUGUGUAUUAUUUUUAAGAGUUUAUCUGUAAUUUCAGUCUAUGAAAAAUAUUGUGACCAGUAGACAUGGGCCGGUAUGAGAUUCUCACAGAAUGAUAAUUUUGAGUUAAAAAUACAACAGUUUUUCUGUAUCACAAAGUUACACACACACAAAAAAAAUAUUAACGUUAUCUAAUUUAAUGUAUUUCAGUCAAAACAAAAACUCUACUGCUGCUAAAAUAAUAUAUUGACUUUUAAAGUAUUAAUAGUGUUUUCUAGUAUAAAAUUAUUAUAAUUUUGAUUUUGAUUCACAGAGGGAAAAUAUAAAUACCCCAUUAAAUUUAGUUUCGUUCAUACAUGCUUAUUAGUUCAAUAACAAGCUUCUUUGUAGUUUUACUCGUUAUAGAGUAACACGAGAAUAACAGGCCUGUUUUGGUUGGUCAAUUAAUCAUGCUGUCUGCUCAUGUAGCUAGCCUGCAAUCUGCUGCUUUACAGCGGCUGAUAAUAGUUUUUAAACAGGGUUGUCUCAAUUGAAUAAUUAGAUUUUUAUAAACUUAUAGUUCUGUGAGGUUAUUAUCAGUAAUUACCUGUAUAAGAAAGAUGUCCCAUAACAAUGAUGAUAAUAACUAGUAAAGAAAUCUUUAGAGUGAAGGAGUG